AUUAAAUUUUUUGUAAGGCAAUUGGCUUUUAUAAAAAAGAAAAAUUCAAGCCUAACAAGUAAUUAUCUGCUUUUUUAUAGCGGGGAAGGUGAUAAUAUUAGAGUAUAUGUCCGUGUCAGGCCUCCGGAUAAGCACCUUGAAACAGAUGUUGAUCGUACACCAUGUUUAGAAGUAACAUCUGGAAACACUAUUGUACUACAGUCAAAGCCUGAUCCAAAGAACUUUUCAUUUGAUCAUGUAGCUGAUAUCAAUACAACUCAGGUAAGUCAUACUCUUUUACAAAAGUUGGCAAACAAGUUUUGUAUUUUUUUUCUGUCCCCGUUUGUGAGUUGUGCUAACUUCUUCAUCUACUUUCUUCAACUGAAGCAAGUAUUGUUUUGCCAUUUUUUUCCUGCUGAGCGCACAGUAGUGUACAUUGCUAUUUUAGGCACUAAUUUAAAAUCCAGCUUCUCUCUAAAAAUGUAAGUCUUUCAUUACUAUAAUUACUUUUUUACACAGGAAGAAGUAUUUGGAGCGGUUGGUAAAAAGAUUGUUGAGGGUUGUGUGGCAGGCUACAAUGGAACUAUUUUUGCAUAGUGAGUUUUCCAAUAAGUUUAUUACCCAGGGCCCAGUUGUUAGAACGCCGAUUAGCGCUUAACCCCGGGAUAAAUUUAACCGGGGUUUCUUUUCUUUUGUUCAAUUUAAAAAGCAUUUUCUCGGAUAAUUUUCUUUGUUGUUUUUAAGGGCAUCCAAUCAUCAACUUGCUGACAGAAAGAAUUAAACUGAAUUUACUUUUUAAGCUUUCAAAUCUGAAUUCAAAGCUCGCACUAAACCUGGGUUAUCUUAACCCAGCUUUGAACAAAGAUCGGCCCAGAAGUUUAGAUGUACCUCAAAUUAACAUUGCUGAGUAUAAAAUGUGGAAUUCACCCGUGAUGUCUGCUUUUGUCGUUCAUACAAGAUUGGUUGCAACUGGAGACUGAAUAGUUAUAAUGUACCCUCACAUCAUGAACAUUGUUAAAUUAUGCAAUACAAUAACCCUGCAGUGUACAUGUAGUACAAUGUGUGUAAAAGAGUCAUUGAUCUUACAUUGCUGACUGGUCAUCGGAAGGGAAUCUUGCUGAGUCAUGUGUUUAGCCAUUCCAUAAGAUUGGUGCUUGCACUUUUCUGUUGUCAAUUUUUCAUUGCUGCUCAUUGUAAAACUGAUCUUAAGUAUUCGCAUCCUGACAUAUCUUGAUUGUUGUUGUUUUUUUUUCCUCUAGUGGCCAGACAGGGUCAGGAAAGACUUUUACCAUGCUUGGUAAGUCUAUUAUGCUCCAAUGGUAGUAAUUUGAAGUAUGACUUGAAACUCAUAAUAUUCUGUUGUCCAACCCCUGAUGAGAAUGGAAUGACUCAAUAAACAGUCAUGUUAAAAAUUUUUAUCUGCAUGCACAGGACUUGAAAAAAAUAUGAAUUUGAAUUUCAGUUUGUCCUUCAGUCAAGGAGCUCUCAAACUGUGCUUCACCAAGGCAGCUAAAGCUGUAUGUGCUUAUGUCACAUCCUUAGUUUGCUUUGAUUUAUUUGUAAAAAUUACUUGCCCAAUAAUGGACCCUUGUCCAUUGGGACAGGUAACUUGCCCAACAGAAAAAUCCUCUUGUCCCAUUGCAGACAAAUAGAGAGCCCUGUUUGGGCCUUUGUGUCAACAUACACUAAUUGAAGAAUGACAUUGAAGCGAAAUGGCUUUGACAAUUUAUACAGUACAAAUUAAAGGGACCAUAAUAUGUAAAAAAAGCUUUAUCUGAAUGUGUAAAGGGCAAGACUAGAGCCAUUAUGUAUUCUGUAGAAAUGUAGUGUUACAUAGCUGAUUUUUUUGUUGUUCUGUGGCAUGUUAGGGCCUGCUGAGGGAGAGGAAGAGAGCUUUACUCAUCAGCUCCGUGGGGUCAUCCCUCGUGCCUUUGAAUACCUGUUCAGUCUUGUAAACAGAGAACAAGAAAAGGUAAUCAAUUAAAAUUGUCAGAUAAGAGUGCCAACUUGUGGUCUGUUUUGUGAGAAUUGUAUCUGCAUAUGAAUGAUUUUCCUCAUUCAUUUGAAGGUGACUAGUUGGUAUACAAGAUAACUUUAUUAAGAUGAGAAUUGUCCUCUUACCUCUAUGCAGGAAGAUAAUAAAAUAUCAUUAUUUUCAGCAAUAAAAUGUUGCCUUUCAAUUUCUCCUAAGCAAAGCAUGUACUUCAUAUUCCGAAAAUGAAUGUGCUAUCUUUGUUAUUGUGUGUCUUAAAUUUUGUGGAAAGAAAACUACAGGCUUGUUCAUAUGAGCCAAAAUAUACUUUGGCUACCAUAAGCCAUUACUUUGCACCCAAGUGGUAAAAUAGCCUCUACCCGUUUCCUUGCCCCCCCUCCCCCCCCCCCCCUUCCACAAGAAAGAUCCUGACUACAAGGGGAUGUGAGUGUAAAUAAUUAUGAUGAGUCAAUGGGUCAUGAGUCAAGUGCAUUCGACUCCCGAUAAUUUGAACCUUCAAGGGAAAUAGAAAAAGUUCGAGUUAUCGAG